GACCUUACCUCAUUUUAUGUAUCUGACCCAGUGAAAUAAACUUACCCUUCACUGACUUUCUUGCUCUCUGCCUCUGAUUUCAAUAAAAAUGUACUCAUCUCUAAAGACUUCCCUGCUCCCACUGUUAAGUCAGGAUUAUCUUCUACAAGAACUUGGUGCUAAUAAAGUAAGCUACCAUGCAUGACUUGUUGCUAUUAAUAUUUUAGAAUCUUAGCAUUUUAGUACCAUAAGGAAAAAGAAGUAAAAUUCUUGCUUACUUGAUGAAUACAUGUGAUGGGCUGUAGUGGGCUCAUGGUGUGUUUUCUUGAACUGCUCUGAGUGCUGGGUUACAUGUCAUAUUGCUAGUGAUUUGAGUUUGUAGAUUUGUAGUAGUGUUAUGUAGAGACUGCAAAAACAUAAAAUUUCCGUUGAAGGAACUUGCCAUUUUAGUGGCGAUGCUGUGUUGGUUGUAUCUGUGAGAGUAGAAGUGUAAGAUAUUUUUACUGUGCCAAAGCUGCUUGUUUCUUCCACUCCUAAUGUGCUAGUGAGUCUGCAUUGAAAGAUGGUAAAACCAGAGCUGUACCUUCCAGAAGUUCAUUUCUUCCCUAAGACCCCAGAAGAAGAUAACCAGAAGUCGUUCUAGAAAACUACAUGAGAUAGCUGGUCCUCCCAGUACCCGCUGCAGUCCCUUCUGACAGGCUAUCAGUGCCAUAGUAACGACGAGCACACGUCCUAUGGAGAGACAGGCGUCCCCGUUCCUCCUUUCGGAUGCACUUUCUGUUCUGCUCCCCACAUGGAGCAUAUCCUAGCAGUUGCCAAUGAAGAAGGCUUCGUUAGACUGUACGACACAGAAUCACAAACUUUGAAAAAAAAGUGCUUCAAAGAAUGGAUGGCUCAUUGGAAUGCUGUGUUUGACUUGGCCUGGGUCCCUGGUGAAUUUAAACUUGUUACGGCAGCAGGUGAUCAAACAGCUAAAUUUUGGGACGUAAAAGCUGGUGAACUGCUUGGAACAUGCAAAGGUCAUCAGUGUAGCCUGAAGUCGGUUGCAUUUUCUAAGUUUGAGAAAGCUGUAUUCUGUACAGGUGGAAGAGAUGGCAACAUUAUGGUCUGGGAUACCAGAUGCAACAAAAAAGAUGGUUUUUAUAGGCAAGUGAAUCAAAUCAGUGGAGCUCACAAUACCUCAGACAAGCAUACCCCUUCCAAACCUAGAAAGAAGCAGAAUUCCAAAGGGCUUGCUCCUUCUGUGGAUUUCCAGCAGAGUGUUACUGUGGUUCUCUUUCAAGAUGAGAAUACUUUGGUGUCAGCAGGAGCUGUGGAUGGCAUAAUCAAGGUGUGGGAUUUGCGCAAGAAUUAUACUACUUAUCGGCAAGAACCUAUAGCGUCCAAGUCUUUCCUGUACCCAGGUAGCAGCACUAGAAAACUAGGAUACUCAAGUCUGAUUUUGGAUUCUACUGCCUCUACUUUAUUUGCUAAUUGCACAGAUGACAAUGUCUACAUGUUCAAUAUGACUGGAUUAAAGACUUCUCCAGUGGCUGUUUUCAGUGGACACCAGAACUCUACGUUUUAUGUAAAAUCCAGUCUUAGUCCAGAUGACCAGUUUUUACUCAGUGGUUCAAGUGAUGAAGCUGCCUACAUCUGGAAGGUCUCCGCACCCUGGAAUCCUCCUACGGUACUCCUAGGUCAUUUUCAAGAAGUCACAUCUGUGUGCUGGUGUCCAGCUGACUUCACAAAGAUUGCUACCUGCUCUGAUGACAAUACACUAAAAAUUUGGCGUCUACAUAGAGGCUUAGAGGAGAAACCAGGAGGAGAUAAACUUUCCGUAGUAGGUUGGGCCUCUCAGAAGAAAAAAGAGGCAAGAGCUGGCAUAGCAACAGUAACAAGUAACCAGAGUACUCCUGCCAAAGCCCCCAGGGUCAAGAGCAGUCCAUCCGUCUCCUCCCCGUCAUCUGCAGCUUGUGCUCCCAGCUGUGCUGGAGACCUCCCUCUGCCUUCCAAUACUCCCACGUUCUCUAUCAAAACCCCUCCUGCGAAGACCCGGUCUCCCAUCAGCAGAAGAGGCUCUGUCUCCGUGUCUCCCAAGCCACUUCCGUCCUUUAAGAUGUCUAUUAGAAACUGGGUGACUCGAACACCUUCCUCGUCUCCUCCCAUCACUCCACCUGCUUCAGAGACCAAGACCACAUCUCCACGCAAAGCUCUCAUUCCUGUGAGCCAGAAAUCAUCCCAGGCAGAGACUUGUUCUGAGUCUAGAAACAGAGUAAAGAGAAGGCUCGACUCCAGCUGUCUAGAGAGUGUAAAACAAAAGUGUGUGAAGAGCUGCAACUGUGUGACGGAGCUGGAUGGCCAAGUUGAAAAUCUUCAUUUGGAUCUGUGCUGCCUUUCUAGUAACCAGGAAGACCUUGGUAAAGACACUCUGGGUCCUGCCAAAUCCAGCAAGAUGGAAGGAGCUAGCACAAGUAUCUCUGAGCCUCCUUCCCCUGUCAGUCCUUUCAUUUCAGAAAGUUGUGGAACACUGCCUCUCCCCUUGAGACCUUGUGGAGAAGGGUCUGAAAUGGUAGGCAAAGAGAACAGCUCCCCAGAGAAUAAAAACUGGUUGUUGGCUAUGGCAGCCAAACGGAAAGCAGAGAAUUCCUCUCCGCGAAGUCCAUCAUCCCAGACACCCAGUGCCAAAAGACAGAGUGGAAAGACAUCACCGGGCCCGGUCACUAUUACUCCCAACUCCAUGAGGAAAAUCUGUACUUACUUCCAUAGAAAGUCCCAAGAUGACUUCUGUAGUCCUGAACACUCAACGGAAUUAUAAUUACUAGUCUGAAUGAGUCAACUGAAUCCUGGUCCACUGAAACAAGAUGAAAACAGCAGCAAUGUGACUCUCUUUGUAUUGUUUUUGUUUUAAGAAAGCUGCCAUGUUUUCAUUUUUAGAUAAAAUCCUUUCAGCUCUGAAGCGCACUUGAUCUGCCUCUUGUACCGGUUGUUACACACAGCAUUCUUCAGGGCAAAUGCUGGGUUUAAAUUUCAUAACGUAAAUUUGCCAUUUUGUAGCAUUAUGAGUAAAUGGUUUUCACUUUUUAAACAAGACACCUCAGCUUUUGCAGAUAGAAAGUGAAGAGUUGUUAGGCUAACACUUGAUACACACGGAAGCCUUCUGCAGAAGCAGCACAGGCCUGUCUGUGAGGCCCUUCUUAGACCCCUCGAGGGUCAGCCACAAGCAAGUAUAAAACUUUAUUUGAAACAUAAUCUUUUCACUAUGCUUUUGUGUUUUCUUUUCACAGUGUGGUUUAAAAUGUCAUGUUCGGAUAAGUACAUUUUUGGUUCAGUGUUAAAAUAUAGUCUCUUAAGUUAAAGUCAUCUUUAUUUAAAUGCAGUGAUAAAUGUCAGCUCUUUGGAGAAAUUAGAACAACAAUAGAGCUUGUAUUCAUCUUCUCUCAAGUGCCUCCCAUGAGAUUUUAAGGUUCCAUGGUUUUUAUAUUUGUUUGGUUUUGUUUUGUUUUUACCAAGGAAUCCACUAUGUUACCAAUAGCAUGGUUCUCCAUAGGCAGUUUUGAUUUUGCUGUUUACUGGAGAAAGAGGCUUUGUAAUUGGUGAACACACACGGAAAGUUGGAAUUUGACUUGAGCACUCUUCAGUUCUCUAAGCACUGUAACUUGCAUAAAAAGCAGACAUCAGACUUUAAAAAGGAAGGAUUUUCUGCUGAUAUUUUUAUAAAAGAUGAUCGCUCUGAACUAAAAAUCCAUACCUGAAAAAUACAGCUUUCUCUUUGUGUACAUGAAAGCACUAACCUUUUAGAAUAGGCCUGAGGCAAAAGCUAUAGAACUUCCUCUAGAUAUUUAAUA